UCGCGCGUUUUUCGCACAUGGCUCGCAUGGCUGCUGUCACAUUAUUGUUGUUGCUGUCGCUCUGUGCUGUGUGGUUUGGUUAGCUGGCUGUGUAGUUUACGCCAGCUGAACUCUCUCGGCGCGCGCGUAUGAGCGCGGUCACUGCGGAUCAAAGCAUCGUGAAGCGUGCCCGUCGACCUUUUCUUUCACUGCCGCCGUAACGUUAGUGCGCGUGCACGCGGUUUUCAGGGUCAUCGGAGUGGCCAUGGCUGCCGCCGCCUCAACUGCUGAGCCCGCUGAGCCGCUGCUGACAGAGCGCAUGGUCGAAGAAGAACAGAAGCUCUUCGAACAGGGCACAAAGGAAGAAGAGCAGCGUACCCUGAGCCGGCAGGAGCAGCAGGCGGCGGAUCGCGAGGCGUGCCUCAAGCGGCUCAAGAAGCUGCUGCAUGCCACCAACAUCUACUCGCAGUUCCUCAUUGACCGCAUUGAGAGGCAGAAUGCAGAGAGGACUGCCCAACAGCAGCGACAUGGCCGUGGCAAGAAGGCACCAGAGGGAGCCUCUGCUGAGGAGCAACAGCAGCCAAGCCGAGCCUCCAGCAGGUUGACCAAGAAGCAGAGCAGUGCAGAGCCCCCGAAAACACCAAGUCGCAAGAGGAAGGCUUCGCCCAAUUCGCAGGGGACCAAGGCCAAGUCAGCUCUGCUGGACCUGGAAACCGCUACACCACCUUCUUCCCAGGAGGGAUCUUCCUCCCGUCCAUCAAAUGGCCACCACAACCCCGAGGGCCAGCCGACCCUCUUCACGGGGGGCGUCAUGAGACCCUAUCAGGUCGAAGGAUAUCAGUGGCUCAAGGUCCUGUACGAGAAUGGUGUCAACGGCAUCCUGGCGGACGAGAUGGGCCUGGGCAAGACCAUCCAGGUGAUUGCCCUGAUCUCGUCGCUCGUCGAGAGCGGUCUGCCGGGCCCUUACCUUGUGGUGGCGCCACUGUCCACCCUGCCUAACUGGCUGAGCGAGCUCCAGCGCUUCACUCCAUCGCUCUCGGUGGUGCUCUACCAUGGACCCAUGGAGGAGAGGCACGCGCUAACGCCACAAAAGCUUCGCCGCACGACGGUGGUGGUGACCUCGUACGAGGUGGCCAUGCGGGACCGUGCCCGGCUGGCACCCCUCGACUGGCUCCUGCUGGUGGUGGACGAGGCGCACCGGCUCAAGAACUUCCGGUGCCGGCUGGUGCGGGAGCUGAGCCAGUACCGGGCCUCCAACCGGCUCCUGCUGACGGGCACCCCGCUGCAGAACAGCCUCACCGAGCUGUGGGCCCUGCUGCACUUCCUCAUACCCGAGAUCUUCCACGACCUGCGCGUGUUUGAGUCCUGGUUUGACCUGGGGGCGUUGUCGGGGGCCAAUGACGAGGCGGCACAGUUCAUCCAGCGCGAGGAGUCUGACCACAUUGUGUCCACCAUGCAGGAGAUUCUGAAGCCCUUCCUGCUCCGACGGACCAAGGAUGACGUUGUGCUCGAGCUGCCGCGCAAGACUGAGCUACUGGUGUAUGCACAGCUGAGCCCGCUUCAGGAGAAGAUUUACAAGAUCUGCAUGGACCGUGCGUUUGAGGCUGCAACUGAAACUAAGGUACCUACAUCUUUUCGUCGACAUUUUCUUUUGGCGUUGAGCCAGCACGUGCCAAUGACAUCCUCCAUGCAGGACGAAGCCGCCGAAGAAGUGGAUGUGAAGCCUUUGGGCCGGGGACGGCGCACCUUGAGGAAGAAGCCCGUCAAGUACACCGUUCCCGGAGAGGAUGACAUCUUCGCCCACAACAGCGACGAGGACGAGGAGAACUCUCGAGACAGCGGCAUCAGUUCAGCGUCGUCCAAGGACGAAGCCCAUGACCCGUACGAGCAGCUUCGCCGGAGCAAAAACCCGCUGAUGGACCUGCGGAAGGUGUGCAACCACCCGUAUCUCUUCCGUGGGCUGUGCGAGGAGGACGACGGCACCAACGGCGAGCACCUGGUCCAGGCCUGCGGCAAGCUCCGGCUUCUGGACUGCAUGCUCGGCGAGCUCAAGCGCCGGGGCCACAAGGUGCUGAUAUUUUCGCAAAUGUGUCGCGUGUUGGACAUCCUCGAGGACUACUGCGUCAUGCGGCGGUUCAAGUUCUGUCGCCUCGACGGGACGACGAGGGUGGAGGACAGGCAACAGCAGAUGAAGCUCUUCAACGAGAACCCAGACUACUUUGUGUUCCUGCUGUCGACACGGGCGGGUGGCCUGGGCAUCAACCUGACCGGUGCGGACACGGUGGUGCUGUACGACUCGGACUGGAACCCCCAGUGCGACCUACAGGCCAUGGACCGCUGCCACCGAAUCGGGCAGACCCGGCCGGUCCUGGUCUACCGGCUAGUCACGCGUGGCACGGUUGAGCAACGCAUGAUCGAGAUGGCCGGGGCCAAGCGGCGCCUUGAAAAAAUCAUCAUGCAGAAAGGCAAGUUUGCCAAGGUGGGCAAGGAUGCCUCGAAGGGUGCUGCCCUCUCCCCCCAGGAGCUUCUGGACCUUCUGCACUCCACAGACCACUCGGCUGUCAUUGAGGCCGGCUCCACCGUGCUCUCAAAGGCCGAGCUGAACGCCUUGCUCGACCGAACACGCCUUGCCGCAGAUCAAGGCAGCGCGCCGAACAGGCUGUUCGAGGUUGUCGUGAAAGACGGCGAUACCAUCGACAACCUUGGCUAAGCCUUCAAGGACGACGGGACCAAAUCCAUCAUCUCAUAUCUUUAUUAAUACUAAACCAUAAGUUCAUGGCUUAUAGAGAGAGGCUGUUUUAUUUAUAUGUGCAUUUGCAUUAGGUCACAGAGUUUACCUUUUAGUACGAAAUUGGUCUGUUUGUACAGUUCUGAAGUUGGGCACAAGUGUGCUCAAGUUGUGAUAUAAUAAAAGGUACUUUUACAGAA